UUAUCUGAUGUUUUGAUUAUGUGGAUAAUCUAACAAGUAAUGAACCUCUUCUAUCAACCUCAUUUUCCAGGAUAUGCUUUGCUCAUGUCCCAAAUGGAAAAAGAAUCACUGAGAGAAGAUGUAUGUGAACCUGAUGAAAAUGUGCAGAAGACAACGGAUGCAGAGCUGGCCAAGAAUAAUGGAGAGGAAGCUGAGCCUAUGUUCCUGACCCGGAAAAGACCAGAAGCCAAAAUCACUGAAAUCAGUGCAGCACAAGAGCUACAGGUCUCGGGGUCCACUGAGAAGACACAGACAGGAUGGGGAUAUUGGGGAAGCUGGGGAAAAUCAUUGCUUUCCAGUGCUUCUGCUACAAUGGCUACUGUUGGUCAUGGAAUCUCAAAUGUCAUUGAAAAAGCAGAGACAUCCCUAGGGAUCCCCAAUCCUAGUACCUUAUCAUCUGAGAACAAAGAUUCAAUAAAAGAAAGCCACAAUGCUGAAGAAGUGAGUGAUGGCAAGGAAGAGACUGAAAAUCUCUCACCUGUCAGUGGUGCACUUGGAAUGUUUUCUACCAUUUCUUCUGCUGUUCAGAGCACAGGGAAGACAGUUAUAAGUGGAAGUUUGGAUGCAUUAGAAUACAUUGGUAAAAAGACUAUGGAUGUGAUAGCUGAAGGUGACCCUGGAUUUAGGAAAACAAAAGGCUUGAUGAGCAGAAAUUCCACACUAUCUCAGGUCUUACGAGAGGCAAAGGAAAGAGAACAACAGAGGGUAGCUGCUGAGGUUUCCAUGACUACAGAGAAGAAAGCACAUUAUGGACUGCUUUUUGAUGAGUUUCAGGGUCUUUCUCAUUUGGAAGCCUUAGAGAUGCUUUCCAGAGAGAGUGAAUCAAAGGUAAAAUCUGUUACAAGUACAUUUUCUGGUGAGGAAUUUGAACCUUUAAAGGCAGAGCUGGAAAAGCUUAAAGAAGCAUUUUCAUUAGCUGAAUUUGAUGAUGAUGAUGAUGAAGAAGAUGAAGAUGAAGAAAAGAGAGAAGAAGAUUUCACAAAUGAAGUGGGUAUACUCUUUUCACAACUGUGUGUCUCUCUAAAACCAGCUAAAUUGCUCCAAGCAAGGAACUCUGCUCAUGAAUUAGUUAAAAACAUCAACAUGCAAAUGGUCAAAGAAACAGGACAGCGUGAAGGAGACCAGCAAGUGGGCUCAGGAGAUACUGAACAAGAGAAUAAAAAGUCAGUGGAGGAUAUUCACAUGAUUGCAAUCAGAAGCCUGGCUGAGUUGACAGCUUAUUCCAUUGAAAUGUUCCACAAAACUGCAGCAUUGGUUCUUCAUGGGCAAAAAGAUGUGUUGGCCAUAAACCGAGCUAAAGCCCUUUCCCAAAUGACCAUUACACUGUGCAAAGAAUUGUCAUCUCUCUCUAAGGAAUUUGCUACGUGCUUAACAGCUGCAGGGGUAGAAGAGAAGGCUGAUAUGCUUAACCCAUUAAUCACUGGAGUAUUUUUGGAGGCUUCCAACAGUGCCUCUUAUAUCCAAGAUGCCUUCCAGCUACUUUUGCCAGUGCUGCAGAUCUCUCAUAUCCAGGCUCAGACGGAGUUAGCUCAGCAAUAAAUCAAGUCUGACUAAACUGGAACAUCAUUUCCAAUCUACCUGAAUGAAAAUUCCCUUAUUCCAUAAGAAGAUGAAGGCAUCUUAAUACAACUACAAAUUAAGACUAAUGUGUUGACCUGUGGUUUUUCCCUGACCAGAAUAAGAUGCUGAAAGGCCAUGAUGUAGCCACCUACAUAGGUAGACUAGAUGACCUAUAGACAGCAUAGGAAGUUUGUAAUGUGACUUAUCUGCUGAAUUUUGCUGAAUAAUGUUCCAUCUGCUUCUGCUCCUUAAACCUCCUGCAUUAACCUCCUUGAGACAAGAGCUUUAUGAAGGAAAGACACAAGGUGCAAGGUAUGCAUAGCAUAACAAAGUUCGUGGAUUGAGACCUUAUUGGAGUCAGUAACUGCAUCAAAUUGUAUCAUCCUCACAUUAAAAUCCUGUUUUAAGUAAAAUGCCUAGCACUCCAAAGAGAUACUACUGAAAGGGGAAGAGGCCAUCUAUACAGCUUGUAAGCCUGCAUUAGGGUAUGCUUCAAGUGUGUAAAGUUUUUAAACAAAUUAAUGAUCUGAUGUUUUAUUGAUGUAUCCUCUUUAUUAGUGCUAGUUUAGAGAUAAACUUGGUAUUUUUUUUAAAAAGAAACCCACUUAUAUGUAAUAACAUUUGAUGUUUAGAUGAAUACAUGGUGAAUACAUUGGCUAAGUGAGGUCUAAGUGAUAGACCUCACUUAGCCAAGAGAUAUUCAGUGUCCUAAUUUCCUAGCAGAAAAUAAAAGUAGCCAAGAAGGAAUUGACUCCAUUUGAAAAAGUUAGGACGUUGAUAAACGAAGCUAACAAAGAGAAGUCCACAAAUUGGAUACAGCAUCUUGUUUCCCUUUAGCCCCAUUUCAAGACUCUGAAUACUUCUGUGAAAAUAAUUUUUCAGGGUUUUGGGAUCUCUGCCUGAACUCCCAAAUUGUGACUAAAUACUUCAUAUCAUAACUCCAAAGACUUUAAAAUGCAAUUACCCUUUGUCUUUUGGUACAAUUGUUACUUUGUACAAUUUUGUCUUGUACCAUUAUGUAUAAGUUUAUUUACUUGUUCCUUCCUGGAAUUCUAGUUCUCCUCAGGGGAAUUCUACUAUGUUUUAGUUUUUCAACAAGCAGCUUGCUACGAUUACAGUGACUCAAAUACCAUUUCAGCAAAGAAAAAAUUAAGAUGAAUUGCAACUUGUUUUAUUUUAGUGAAUAUCCUUGCUAUUGCCUUUAUCAGCAUGUCUGUUUUAACUACAGUUCUGAAUUUCAAUCUGGUUGCUUGUUGGUCUUGCAGUUAUUAAAUCAUUUUAUUGGCAUUAUUAUGGCAUUAGCAAGGAAUGUUUGAACAAUGCACUUAAGAUGCAGCUCUCUCUCCAUCAGAGGAAAAAAUCCUUUAACUCUACAAAUAAAAUACGCUGUUUUAGAUAGUUUAAUUUCUAGCAAAGAAUCUAUUUUGAAUAUGUAUAUGCACUAUAUUGUAUAUUGAGAAUAAAUGUUUUGUGAUGUAAUAAGGAAAUAGCUGCUUAUUAAAUAGGUUGACCAUAGGGUAUCUACAGUUACUCAUGUUCAGGUCAACAAAAGAUUA